AUGGUAACAACAUCUAAGAGGACAUCAAACUACACUGUGUUUUCACAGCCAACGGUCUCAGAUCCAACAGGCUCAGAGACUCUGCAGUGUUCGGUCCUCUCUCACUCUGAGAACACAACCUGUUCAGGAGAACCCAGUGUGUUCUGGUUCAGAGCCAAAUCAGAAAAAUCUUUUCCUGACAUGAUUUACAUUGAUGGAAAAAGAUCAGAAAAUUGUGAGAAGAGUUCUGACUCUCCGAAGAAAUGUUUUUAUAACUUCUCUAAGAAUAUCAGCUCUUCUGAUCUCGGGACUUACUACUGUGCUGUGGCCACAUGUGGACAGAUAAUAUUUGGAAAUGGUAGUAAUCUGGAAACUGAAGGAUUCAGUCUGGGAUCAAAGAAGGCCAUUAUAGUUAUUUUCUUCCUGUCUGCUGCCUUGACCAUAAGUCUGAUUGGUAUAGCCGUCCUCAUAUGCUCCAUCAAAAGUAACAAGUGUGGACAUUGUCAAGAAGCCGUUAUCCUGGACCAAAACUGUGGCCAGAAAAUGCAACAGAGAAGAGAAGACAGAAGGAUAUAUUCUGCUGCUGUUUUCACCCUGAUGAAACCUGACAGCACAAAGAAAACAGCAGAAAGACAGAUGAUGUUUGCUGCAGUAAAGGCCUUCGGAUUUUAAAAAAGAUACCCUUUGACCUUUGUGUUGAUUAAUCCAGUUCAUGAUUGUUUUGAACUAUGUUUCAAAUCACAGAUUAAUUUUGAUUAAACUGUUUGCAAUUGCUUUUACUUAAUUUAGGCUUUUUUUUGUUAACAUAGACAUUGCUGAAAUCAAGCUAUUGUUGCGGACACAUACAUAAUGUGGUAAUUGAUGUGGUAAUAACAAAAUAGUGCUUCUGGAUUGCUUAAUUGUGUUUUAUGAAUUUGAGUAAAGACAUUUUUGCAUUUUUACAAACAAUGAUAUGUUGUCACAUUGUGUAUAAUGUGUUUCUGUUUAUUUGAUUUCUGUUUUGUUUUCUGGUUUUGGUUUUCAAAUCAAUAUGCUCACUGACUUUGCUCUGUUGUGUGCAUUAGACAUUUUGUAGUAGCUUUACUCACUGUAUGUCUAGUGUAGUGCGAGUUCAUGCAUUGAAAAUCAACAACUUUUUUUUUGUUGCCCAACAUGUUAUAUGUUUCUUAUUUCUCAGUACCAAUUUCUUAUUGUUUGAUGUUCCCAUAGGUUUUCUUUCAAAUCAAAUCAAAAUCAAAUUUUAUUUGUAUAGCACGUUUCAGCAGCAAGGCAUUUCAAAGUGCUUUACAUAUCAAACACAGAAACACAACGCAACAUAGAAUCAACAUUCUAAUUUUAAUUCUAAUUUUCUUUAGAUUAUUGUCACAUCAUUUCACUGUCUUUGAUAUCAAUACGCUCCUGUUCUGUGGCAUCGCUGUCAGAUGUUCCCUGGUAAUCCUCCCAAUCUCCUCAGUGCUUCAUUAAAAUUUAAUUUUCAUUAAAUUUAGCUGAUUUAAUUUUUAUUUGUAUUUAACCUUCUUCAGCCACAUCACACUUUUAGCUUUUUAUAAUUCAACAAUAAUGGUUAAAUAGUAUGAUGAAAAGAAGUUCUAGAAAUUACAUUUGAAAAUCAAGAUAUGUCUGUAUGCAUUUUAGUUUAAAGCUACUUCUUGCAGAAGACAGCAAAAAUGUCUUCUGCAAUAUAAGAUAUGCACAACUGUAUGUUUCUUUUCACACAGGGCACAAUAAAAUAGUUGAUUUUGUGUGAUUUAUUUAUAUACCAGCACAUAAAGCAACCUUAAGAUAAUACUAUAAACCAGGAAUAACAUCUGCUCUGCAAUUCUUGUCUAAUUUUAUAAUAUAAGAGCCAACAUGUCAACUUAACUAGAACGUUUUAAAAAAAUAUACGUCUCACUGAAAGGUAGCUCAUUGUGGCAGGACGUCCUCUUUGAAUGUAUAUUUUGAAAUAGCCAAUCAGCUUAAAUCUACAUCUACAAAACCGCAUCUCCUCCUGUUGCUACAGCGUGAGGUUUCUUAAGUAGGCCUUGGCAACAUGAUGCUGUUAUGGGUGACACUAAUUCUGCUUCAUCAAGGAUGUAAGUAUCAUUUUUGUGAAGUAAAAUCUUCUCAUUAAAGUGUGUACAUCUUUUUUAAAUUUUGUUAUUAAAGCACCUUUUGCUGUA